AUGGCUACGACACUUUCCAAUUCCUUCUCAGCGGGAGAUAAUGCUACCGCCAUUAUCAUCCCUUCCAAACCCAAUCCUCUCGUCAUAUCCUAUAAGCAACUUUCUGCUGAAAUCCUCUCUUUUCAAAAGAAGCUGGCCAAGUUAGGCGUCACUCCUGAAGCUGCUGUCUCGAUAGCUCUCCCGAAUACCUACGAGUUCAUUGUUGCAUUCUUAGCCAGCGCGUGGCAGAGGGGCAUUGCAGCUCCCCUCAACUCGGCAUACAAACAGGAGGAAUUCGAGUUCUACAUUGACGAUUUGAAGUCCGCUGUUGCGCUUGUUCCAAAAGGCUCUUAUGCCAAAGAUGGACCUGCUGUUCGAGCUGCGAGGAAGUACAGUGCUGCUAUUGCAGAGUGCUAUUGGAAUGGACAAGAAGUAGUGUUGGAUGUCAAGGACGAGGGGAAGCUCAAGGGAAAGGGAAACCAGAAACUCGAGACAGCCCAGCCAGACGACAUUGCCCUCGUACUCCAUACCAGUGGUACCACUGGUCGUCCCAAAGCUGUGCCAUUGACACACAAGAAUCUCACCCGCACGAUGAAAAACAUCAAAGCUACCUAUGAGCUCACACCUGCCGACAGAACCAUGCUCGUCAUGCCACUCUUCCACGUCCAUGGUCUCCUGGCAGGCUUCCUCGCUCCCCUCUACAGCGGCGGCUCAGUGAUCGUGCCUCUCAAGUUCUCUGCCUCCGAAUUCUGGGACGACUUCAUUACCCAUGGUGCCAACUGGUAUACCGCGGUCCCAACAAUCCACCAGAUCCUACUCAAGAACCCUCCUCCACAAACCAAGCCCAAGAUCCGUUUCAUUCGCUCAUGCUCCUCUCCUCUGUCUCCAACCGUCUUCCAUCAGCUAGAAGCAGCCUACAAUGCCCCGGUUUUGGAAGCAUACGCCAUGACCGAAGCCGCCCAUCAAAUGACCUCCAAUCCUCUCCCACCAGCAAAGCGCCAACCAGGAAGUGUAGGCAUAGGCCAGGGCGUAGAAAUCCGCAUCAUCGACCAAGCCGGCGAAGAAGUUCCUCAAGGUUCAGAAGCAGAGAUCUGUAUCCGCGGUGAGAACGUCACGAAAGGCUACCUCAACAACCCUGAAGCCAAUAAGUCAUCUUUCACAGCAGAGGGUUUCUUCCGCACUGGUGACCAGGGCAAGUUGGACAAGGAUGGUUAUGUCGUCAUCACGGGACGGAUCAAGGAGUUGAUCAAUAAAGGAGGCGAGAAGAUCUCACCGAUUGAGUUGGACAAUGUGCUCGCUAGACAUCCUAAGGUAGGCGAGGCGGUGAGCUUUGCCAUUCCCGAUGAGAUGUACGGGCAGGAGGUUGCGGUGGCUAUUGUGCCGAAAAAUGGGGAGAAGAUUAAUGCGGAGGAGGUGAAGGCGUGGGUUGCUGAGAAGCUGGCUAAGUUCAAGGUCCCGAAGAAGGUAUAUUUCACAGACAACAUGCCCAAAACAGCAACAGGAAAGGUGCAGCGCCGAAUCGUGGCUGAGAUCAUGGUGAAGCAAGACACGCCCAAGGCGAAGCUGUAA